AUGGCUACGCGCUGGCUGUUUGGUACAAGCGAGGAUGAGCUGCCUCCGUCGCCGGACUUGGAGCCGACGGACGAUGUAGUUCCGGAUCAGCUGCCUUCGCUCCUUGGUGAGAAGGCGUGCAUUGUGUACUAUACGGACGGUGCGCGCGAGCCGACCACCAUGACGGGGUCCGCUUGCUCAGCGCCCGAAGCGCCACCGCCGCCGUCGCAGGCGCGCGAAUACCCUAUCUACCUGAACUUGGAUAUGUCGAGUGGGUGUGGUGGCAAGAUCUGGCCGGCAGCCGAAGUGCUGGGCGCCUACAUUGCGUCGAUGCCAUCGCGUGACCUAGCGCUUGAGCAGCAUCCGUGGCGCGGCAAGUCAAUUGUCGAGCUUGGUAGCGGAACAGGACUGAUUGGCUUCCUGGUCGCCAAGCUGGGCAUUGGGUGCACAACAUGGAUCACCGACCAGGCCCCGAUGCUGCCGCUCAUGGCCGAGAAUGCACAGCUGAACCCUGACAUGAUCGAUGCGUGCCAUGUGGCUGAGCUAAACUGGGGCGAGCCGCUGCCACCGGAUGUGCCUACGCACCCAGACGUGAUCCUUCUCGCCGACUGUGUGUACCGCGAAGAGGCAUUUCAGCCCCUCGUCGAUACGCUCGUGGCUAUGUCGACGCCUACGACCGAGAUUCUGUUCUGCUACCACAAGCGCCGCCGCGCCGAUAAGCGCUUUUUCGCAAUGAUGCGCCGCCACUUUGAGCAGAAAGAUGUGAUGGACGACGAUACAGCGCGCACCGAAGCGUACCGCCGGAGCGGCACAUUCCUAAUGCGCUUUCACAAGCGAACGUAG